AUGUAUGCUAUUAACGAAUUGUGUACUAGUCAAGGACUGCCAAUAGAAAUACUUGAGGGUCAUGUUGCAUCAGUUUCAGUCAGUAUUCCCUGGAGUGCUCCAUUAUCUGAUGACAGUUUUGUUGAUGUUUCUGGUUUAGUAGUCACCAUUCGCCCUAAAGCUCGAAUUGAUCAUGGAACAUCUGUACUUGAAUCAAUGUGGUCUUCUAUGUCAAGCUCUAUGCAACUCGCAAGAGAUUGCUUGGAAAAGGAAGGAAUUUCUGUAUCAGCAAUGGGACAACCCUUAGAGGGGCUAGAACACUUCGCACAAACCAUUGACUCUAUAUUGACAAGAAUAAAAGUACGUUUAACUAACUCCAUUAUAAAGCUAGAACAUUGUCCAAAUAAUGGGAAUAAUUGCCUCACUCUACAAAUCAAUAUAAAAAAUUUAGAAUAUUUUGAUGAAGCUGGUACAGAUGUUUCAAAUGAUGAUAAUGAAGAAAACAAAAAAUAUGUAUACUCAUCUUUUACAAAUCGACACAUUGUCAUUGAAGGAGUUUCUUUUUUCUCAAAUGAAGACAUUUUGAAAUAUGAUGAAGAAGAACAUUUAUUACAGAAGCAAAGCUUUACUUCACAAAGUGAUAGUAUCAUUAAUGACAAUACAAACCUACAAUCCACAAACGAUAUAUAUUUCAGUUGUGAAAUGAAUUCAAUUUUAAAAGAAAGCACGACAAAAGAAUGCGGAGAAGAAGACAAGAUAGAUCGUGAAGAGUUAUCUUCUAAUAAUGAGUUAGAUACAUCUCCUGAACCCAUAUUGUUUGGUCAACUUCUUGGUAGACAAGAAAUCCAAAUUAAAAUUAAGAAGCAAUCGGAGUUUAUUGUCGGUCCAAAAGUACAACUUGAUGUUUCUUUGGGCUCUUUAACGUGUUUUUUAACUCCGAGGCAACUACAUGCAUUAAUUGAAAUAUUAUCUGCCUUGAGCAAUCCAGAAUCUGAUAAUAUAAGUGGCAAAUCUGGCCGAGGGCUGAUUACAAAACCAAUGACUUCAGCACAUUUUAAAUUGAUUGAAGAGGACUUACAAGCAAGACUUAAAACGCCACAGAGUGUUUUAUCUGGUAUCUCUAAUGUUCAUAGGUGGUCUGCAGCUCAAAUAGAUGAUGAAGGAGAUAAUGAUCCAGAAUUUCAACCAUUUCGAGGAUUUGGUAUGUCAGACUCUAUUAUGUCAAAUAACAGUACACUGUCAAUGACGAGCUCUAUUGGUUCUAGCAUAAGCCAAACUAGUUCUCGGUUGAGUAAUCAAAAUAAACCAAAAGGGAGCUUAGAUGGAGUAUAUGUGGGCAAUGAAAAUGGAAAUGAAAUUUCACAUUAUAACUUUCGACUAGCUUCACUUGCAGUAAUAAUUUUACAUGAGGAUGUAUUAAACACAUCAACAGGACUCCGAAAUAUUGAAGAAACUAGAUUAUGCAGAAAUAGCAUAGAGCAAUUACGAACAUUGUCUCAAGACUUUUUUCAGACUAUGGGAUUAUAUUCAGCUUUUGGUUCUAAAGAUUUUUCAAAAGCUAUAGAGUUAUUCAAUAAUGCUUGCGGACUCAAUCAUAUAAGAUUACUUGCUGCGCCUGUGAUUGUAGAAGGUCACGAGAGAAAAAGUGGUAGUGGGUCUUUUCUAGAAAUCGAUGCUACCGCUGCAAAAUUAGUUUUGCAUGAAUUAAGACCUAAACAAAAAAAUACUGAUUUUUUAAUUCCACUUAUAGAGUUUUCACAACUGAAUAAAUUAGGUCACGUGGUUCUUAUCACAAAACCACAGCUCAAAAUGAAAUUCAAGAUGCUCCAAAAAUCAACUUCAUCAAGUUUAAGUAAUAGAGGUCACAGAAAAUUUCCUCGGUCUGAGUUGAGUAUAUCCUUGGAACCAUGUUCUUGUGAGGUGGAUAUAACCAUUAUAGACAGGAUAUCAGCAUUAUUUCCAGUUGUUGAUCUUAGGCCUAAACAUGAUCCAUUGAGACCACCGUGGUGGGAUCGCAAUAUUCACUCGGACUAUGCAAUUAUAACACUUAAACAAACUAGUGGAAAAAUUAACUCUAUUGCAAAUAAUGGUCUCAGAUAUGAACUACAAUGUCAAGAGGUCUUUAUAGAUUAUGUUGAGGCUGAAUGCAAUAAAAGGAUUUCUAUUGCUCAUGCUGGUUCAAAGGGCAAGCUUACAACUUCAAAAGUAAAUAUAGAGAAUGAUACAGAUUGGCCAAGAUUUGUAUUAGAAGUGCAUCCUUCCAAGCAAAAGUUCUCUUUGGAAUCUUCAAGUGAUAGUGAUCUUCCUACUAUAGAUCCCAUGCUAGCCUCUAUAGGCGGUGCUCUUAAAAAUAAUAUGGAAAUCAAGGAUCCGUCACCAUUUAGUGCUAAAAGAAUGAUACACAGAAGCGACACUUCACAUAUAGGUGAAUCUGAUGAACUUGUAAUCCCCGGAACAAGAUCGGAAAUGAAACAAUUUAGCGAAGCUGCAAAAUCAAAUUCUUUAAUGCAAAUUGAGCUGUCACUACAAUAUGUAUCAAUUCAUUUAGGCUCAAAACACAUAUAUGAAAAAAUUUACAAUCAUAUAAAUACAGAUCUCUUGUUAUGGGAACCAUGUGCAUCUUUUAUUUCAUCUGCUUGUACUGGCAGCAUUAUGCAGGAUAUACCAAUAUUUUCUUUGUGCAAGAGUGGUAUACAUUAUGAUUCAGAAAGCAGUACGCAUGAGUCUGACUCGGAUUCAAACAGUGGCCUCCAAUCAGUAUUUUAUUCUGUGUGUGAUCGUAAAACUUUGAAUUCAUGUAAUGAACAUAAUAUAAGUUUCAAUUUGGAUAUAAAGCAAGGAUUACUCACCAUGUGUGCACCUGUCAGAGAUACUGCCAAUCAUGUCAUUCCUGGACAACAAGGUGAAUUUGUUAUUCGCACUGGUGAGCUAUCAAUGUUUUCUGUAUCUGGUUUCAAUGGUAAUGCAGAACUUGGCUUUGUUUGCGUUCAAGCUAAAGAUACGGAAAUAUAUCAUAGUGGGUUACAUUCAAUACCAGAAACUUCACAAGCUUUACGAUUAGUUGAUUGUUCCCUACCUAGCUAUAUCCAAAAAACAAUUCUGCCUGAUUCUGAGCACCACUAUCGAGAUCUUGAUGAUAUUGAUUCUAGAGAUAUGGUUACUGUAGCCUUAAAGAUUCAAGCAAAUCAUGAAUCUAAAUUGAAGCAUAUAUGCACUGCUAUAGGAGUUCAGGAAGCAAUGCUAAUGCAUAGAUCAGCACCACCUGCUCACACCUGGCUCACACAAUUAAUUGAUUUAUUUGAUGUUCAGGAUCUUCCAGUUCAGGGGUACGAGCCUUCUAAUGUUAUUACUGAAAUACAUUUACAUGUUUGGGAUUCAGCAGUAGAAUACAGACCCUUACAUCUGCCUUUACGUGCCCGAGUAACACUUGGAAUGUUUUCAAUGAGCAGUAACAUUAUAGCUCAAAGCACUGGGGUUAAUUUGAGGUUUAUGGCUGAGGAUUGCACAUUACAACUUGCUGAUUUAAAUCAUUUAUCGACAAACCAUAUUAAACUUAAUCUUAAAGAUUUAAUUUAUGUUACUGUUGUAGAACUUGGGUUAUUUGAAUUGUCUCUGAGGCUCAAUGAGAAGGGUACUAAAAAUUGCCCUAGAGUAGAUCUUCGUGCUUCAAAUAAUGCUCUGCUAAUUAAAACUUGUGCAGACAGUGGCAGAGCAUUAGCUCAUCUUAUUGCUUAUAUAGCUGAAGAAGGUGAUCUUCAGUCCACCAAUCAAGAUCCAACUUCGUUGCCAGCUUGUGUACAACCAAGUGAUGAAAUUUUGUUGGAAGAUGGUCAAAGUUUGCCUACUGCUCAGUCCAAAAAAUUAGAAGAAAAAGUUAAUGAGCUGAUGGCUGAAGCUAUGUUAGAAAGCUUGAGAGUUUCAACAACAGAAAAUGAAUCGGAUAUUGUACCAAAAGGUGUAGAGGUGUUUUUUUUUCCAGAUGAAGCGAAAGAGCCAAAAUUGUCUAAUGUCGAACAAUGUGAAACCAAUACAUCUACUUCCAAAAAUAAUAUGGCUAAAAUUGAUAAGAAGAAGAAACUAUCGACGGGUGAUGAUUUCUGCAUCGUUGGCGACGAAUCCGGUGUGGGGGUUUAUCCGAAAAAUGGCCAUCCGAAAGUGCGAUGGCUUACUAAUGAACCAUUUCAUAUAGUAGAUAACCAUUUUACUAUACCCACAUCAAAGACUGAUUUUUUAAAAGCUCCACGUGAUUUUCCAAUGGCUCUCUUUCGGUAUACCUUAUGUGAGGUUACAUUUACUUGGUUUAUGUAUGGUGGAAAUGAUUUUGAACAAAGUUCAGCAGUAGGGUCUAGUAAACGAAAGGUGGUUACUAUAGACGAAAAUAUUAGUAAUAAUUCUGUGAGAUACCAAGUAUCUGGUUCUAAGAAUAUAAACAUAAUUCGUGAUGAUGUCUAUGGAAAAUCUAAAGUGCUUAAGAAAAGCAAUGGCAGCAAUCGUAAAGAAAACGUAUUGGUAGAAGUUCAUGUAAAUAAAGUAAGAUUUACACAUGAAACUUACCCAGAUCAAACCAAUUAUGCAUCUCGGCAGGUUCUUUUAAUUGGCGAUUUAGAAGUUAGAGAUCGUCUUGAAGUUUCUCAAAUUAAUAAAUUGCUGUAUCAGCAAUCGAGUGAACAGCGACCAAGACAAUCUCAUGCAAAUAUGAUAACAAUUAAAGCAACACAUAUGCGCCCAGAUCCGCACCAGGCAGCACAGGAAUGCAGUUUGCGCAUUUCUUUACUACCUUUAAGACUUAAUAUUGAUCAAGAUACCUUGCUAUUUUUAAUUCAGUUCUUUAGUGAAUUGAGUGGGUCUCCAAUAGAAACAAGUAAAUCUAAAGUAGAUCCUUCAAGUACACCAACGUCUCGUCAUUCAACACCCACACAUCAAAUACCUAUUAUGACCAUUGAAGAUUCAACAAUUAUUUCUGAUCCUGAAAAAUUAGUUUCUGAAAAUUUAAUGCUCUUAUUAGAUGAUCAAGUGGAAGAUGAGCGAAAGGAUAUUGAUUUAAAAAUAAAUACUUUAAGUGGUGAAAACGUGCCAAUAUAUUUCAGAAGUAUAAUUUUUAGUCCCGAUGUGCCUAUAAGGUUAGAUUACAAUGGAAAGCGAGUGGAACUCUCACAUGGACCGUUAGCAGGUUUAUUAAUGGGCUUAGGUCAACUGGAAUGUUCAGAACUAACUUUAAAAAGAAUUACUCACAAGCAUGGCAUUUUGGGCAUUGAUAAACUCAUGAACUUCCUCAUGCAACAGUGGCUGCAAGAUAUAAAAAAACGUCAAUUGCCAUCACUGUUAGGUGGAAUUGGACCUAUUCAUUCGUUUGUUCAAUUGUUCCAAGGCAUUCGCGAUUUAUUCUGGCUUCCAAUUGAACAAUAUCAAAAAGAUGGCCGCAUUGUCAGAGGACUACAGAGAGGUGCUAAUAGUUUCACUGCCUGCACAGCUUUAGCAGCUCUGCAAAUUACGACAAGAAUCAUUCAUUUGAUCCAGGCAACAGCCGAGACUGCUUUUGACAUGGUAUCACCUGGACCAAGUGUUAAACGCGGUUCUCGAUCAGGAAAAAAAAGAACUCGCCGGGGCCGAGCGCCUAUACAUCCUCCGCAGGAUAUUAGAGAAGGUGUUGUUAAUGCCUAUCAGCUGGUCAUUGAGGGCCUAGGUGAUACGGCUUCUAAUUUGGUUCAUGUAGCUUCGGUUGAGCAUUCGCACAAAGGUGUUAGCGGAGCAGUUGGCGGCGUACUCAGGCAAUUACCACCCACAGUUGUGGCACCACUAGUUAUUGCUUCACAGGCUACUCAGCAUGUUUUGGGAGGUGUUACAAGUCAAUUGGUACCCGAUGCCAGAAUAGACGCAAAACAAAAAUGGCGAUUGGAUGAGCGACAUUGAUUGCUAAUGAAAAAUUUUCAAUGCUGCCUUGAACUGCUAGUUUUAUUUCUGUUAUAAAAGAAUGU